CUCUCUCUAUCUCUAUUCUCUUCCCUUGAACAUAUACAAAGAGAUGAAAUCUGAAUAAUCUCUCUCUCUCUCUCUCUCUCUCUCUCUCUCUCUCUCUCUCUCUCUCUCUCUCUCUCUCUCUCUCAUCCAUGGCUGGCAUGCUCCCUGGCGUGGAAUGUGCUCGAAGGAGGCGAGUCCAUCAAGGAGGAUCAAAUGACCAACAGAAUAGGACGAGACGAUUUUCCUUCUGUCUGUACACCAGCAACCAUGAUACCCAUCUCAAUACCAACUCUCUGCUGAGGAGAACCCAAAGCUUCCAAUCUGAGAAUCUUGGAGAUGUUGCAAGGGAAGCCAAGGAGAGACUGGAUGAGAGGCUCAAGAUCCAGCGAAAAUCAGAAAUCACAGGGCAUAAGAGCAAAGGAAACAUAAAAUCCAAGAAUGAAAAUGUCCAUGACAGCUUGGCGCCUGCAAUCUUCAGUUAUCUGCAGAGAGAGGUCUUCGAUCCAAAGAAGAAAAUCAGCAAACGGUUUAGCUGGGCAAGGUUGGGGUGGAAAGCAUCUGAUCAGAUCGAGUGCGCUGUUUGCUUGGAAUGGUUCAAAUCUGGGGACAUUUUGGUGCACCUACCAUGUGCCCAUCGGUUCCACUCAAUGUGCUUGGUUCCAUGGUUAGAAUCUAAUGCUCAUUGCCCCUGUUGCAGGACCCAAAUCUUCUCUUAAUGCAACCAAUAGAAAUUAUCAUUACAAAGUGUAAUUUAAGUUGUUCCACUGCCUUUCAUGUUAGUAAUUUUGAAUAUUAUAGCAAUGUAGAUAUUUUCUUGGGAUGAUCACAAACGCUUCCCCUCUGAUUUCCGACAAUUGUAAAUACCUUUUCCCUGCUUGGA